AUCAUACCACCAUUGCAGUGGAAAAUUAAACCAUGCAAGCAAGCAUAGCAAACAAGCCACGAGCUAACUCGGGUUACGGGAGGUCUGAAAUACCAAUCGGUACCAUCCUCCCCUUGUAGAGAAGUGGUGAUUGGGUUAGAAAGGAUUUGGGCGUUACACGUCGCUGUUAAAUGCACUUUUCAUUAUGAGUAUUCAACCGUAAAACAUAGCGACACAUCACUCUCAGGGAACCGGACUGGAUUUGCAACACAUGGCUUCUUCACACCACCAAAACGACUUGUCCACCGGUUUCCACCCGCAGUUCAAAUCUUUCGCAACAGAGGCGAUCCACGUUGGGCAAGAACCGGAGCAAUGGAAAUCUAUGGCCGUAGUACCACCUAUUUCUCUGUCCACCACGUUCAAGCAGUAUAGACCUGGAGAUCAUGCUGGUUUUGAGUACAGUCGGAGUGGAAACCCGACCAGAAACUGCCUGGAGAAAGCUGUUGCUGCUCUGGAUGGAGCAAAACACUGUCUUGCUCUCGCCUCUGGGCUGGCUGCGACUAUGACCAUCUCUCACAUGCUGAAAGCUGGAGAUGGCAUUGUCUGCAUGAACGAUGUGUAUGGAGGUACCAAUCGUUAUUUCCGAAAGAUUGCUUCAGAAGUUGGCUUGGUUGUGUCCUUUGCUGAUUGCACCAAAAUCGAUUUGCUCCAGGCUGCUCUUAAGCCAAACACAAAAUUGGUAUGGAUCGAGACCCCCACCAACCCCACCAUGAAAGUGGUGGAUAUCCAGGCCUGUGCAGAUGUGGUCCACCAACACAACCCUAAUACCGUGGUGGUUGUGGACAACACUUUCAUGUCGGCCUACUUCCAGCGCCCCCUGGCCCUCGGCGCGGACAUAUGCAUGUAUUCCGCUACUAAGUACAUGAAUGGUCACAGUGACGUUGUAAUGGGCCUGGUGUCUGUGAACCGGGAGGACCUGUAUGACCGACUGAGGUUUCUACAGAACGCCCUCGGAGCGGUGCCGUCCCCCUUUGACUGCUACCUGUGUAACCGCGGCCUGAAAACCCUGCACCUGCGCAUGAGGCAGCACUUCAAGAACGCCCUGGCAGCGGCCAAGUUCCUGGAGGCCGACCCCAGGGUGGACCAAGUCAUCUUCCCAGGCUUGCCCUCCCACCCCCAGCACGAGCUGAUGAAGAAACAGUGCACAGGCUGCCCAGGGAUGAUCACCUUCUACAUAAAGGGAAAACUGGAGAACGCCACCAUGUUCCUCAGCAACUUAAAGUUAUUUGCACUUGCCGAGAGCCUCGGCGGUUAUGAAAGCUUGGCAGAGCAUCCUGGAAGAAAUGGAGACCUGCACACUGUCAAAAAUAAAUGGAUCCAAAACUGAGGCUUGAAUGCAAAAUAAAGAUGUUUAAUGGAAACAUCACGGUGCCCAAAGAAUAUCAUAAUGCAAGAAAGGGAAUAAAUAAAAGGUGAAAACAAACGUUGUGGCCUCACGCCAUCAGUGUAAAUUGUUGGUGCACACACCUGCUUCUUAGAUCCUACCUGGCAGGCCGCUCCUGCCUGGUGACGUGGAGAAGAUCUGUGUCUGCACCACGUACACUCAUUACUGGUGUCCCCCAGGGCUUGGUUCUAGUCCCUCUUCUCUCGAUAAACCAAGUCACUCAGGAGACCAUGUGAGGAUAUGACUGAGCUAUCAUUGCUAUACAGAUGACACUCAAACAUUCAACCUCCAGCUGCAUACCCCCUCUAGCACCAGGGUCAGCACACUCUCAAAUUUUAUUUUAUUAUUAUUAUUUUUUUUUUACAUUGUAAGCCUGCCACACACACUACAUUUUAUUAAAACACAAGAAUGGGUGAGUUGUCACAACCCAGCUUGUGGGAAGUGACAAAGAGCUCUUACAGGACCAGGGCACACAAAAUAUAAUAUUACAUUAUUUUGCCAUCUUACAUAUUAAACCGUAUUUGUGAAUAACUCCCCACAGGUUAAGCCCAGUCCAAGCUCUUCUGUCCUGACACCCCAAUAGUGGAACCAGCUCUGAAACAUCAAACCCUACCUCUUCAAAAAGUAUCUUAAAUAAUCCCCCUUCUAGCCCUCUCUACUGAUGAUAGCUACGAUAUUGAUGAAUAAUGUACUUUCUAUGCCUGUGUAAUGUGGUUGUCCCACCUGGCACUCUUAAGAUGAAUUCCCUAAGUCGCUCUGGAUAAGAGUCUCCUAAAUUAUGUAAAUGUAUUUGGCAUUCAAGCCUCAGUUUUGUAUCUACACCCUUUGACAGUGUGCGGGUCUCCUUCCAGUAUUCUUAUUUUGACUCCUGUGCACCUGGAACAGACACAUUUCAGUAGUAAGGACCUUUUUAAAAGAGCGCCGACGGCCUCUGAUCAAUAGAGUCAUGAUAAAAUGUCUAAGUGCUUUCAAGAUACUCUAAUUGAGGCACAACAUACACACCCCUGCAUAACUUGGCCUUUAAUCAGAAAUGCACUUUUUUUUGGUUUGAAUAGUGAGC